CCGUCCGGCCCCGCUUCCUCUCUCCCCGGGGCCAGGGCGCCGCGCCGAGUGUGCAUGGGGCGGGGUGGUGGCAUGGGGGCGCGAACUUGUGCAAACAAGUAAGUUCGGGAACGCCUCCCUCUCCGGUGUAAACUCGGGGCUCUGGAGGCACCCGUACCCCCAGCCCCCAAAGGAUGGGGAAAGGAGGUGGGGGAUCGGAAGGGAGGCAGGAUCUGAGCGCAGGGAGAAAGGGGGCCCCCCGCACGGUCCCCAGCUGGGGGCAGGGCCCCACCCCUCCCCGUCGAGGGCGGGGGCGCAUCUCUGGGCGGGAGGGAGUUAAGCCCGGUGGCCUGGAUGCUCCACGUAGGAGCUGGCUCCGGCUGCCGGCUGCGGUCAGGGCCACCGUAUAAAGAGGGCGGGAGCCCGGAGCAACGAGGACUUGCCGCUACCCGCGCCCCACCGCCGCUGCCCCCCAGGCCCCGGCCCCAGGUGUCCCGGCCAUGGCCCGUCCGAUGCUCUUGCUCAGUCUCGGCCUCCUGGCCGGCCUCCUGCCGGCACUGGCCGCCUGCCCCCAGAACUGCCACUGCCACGGCGACCUGCAGCACGUCAUCUGCGACAAGGUGGGGCUGCAGAAGAUCCCCAAGGUGUCAGAGAAGACCAAGCUGCUCAACCUGCAGCGCAACAACUUCCCGGUGCUGGCCGCCAACUCGUUUCGGGCCAUGCCAAACCUCGUGUCGCUGCACCUGCAGCACUGCCAGACCCGCGAGGUGGCGGCCGGCGCCUUCCGAGGCCUCAAGCAGCUCAUCUACUUGUACCUGUCCCACAACGACAUCCGCGUGCUGCGCGCCGGCGCCUUUGACGGCCUGACCGAGCUCACCUACCUCUACCUGGACCACAACAAGGUGACCGAGCUGCCCCGGGGGCUGCUCUCCCCGCUGGUCAACCUCUUCAUCCUGCAGCUCAACAACAACAAGAUCCGUGAGCUGCGCGCUGGCGCCUUCCAGGGCGCCAAGGACCUGCGCUGGCUCUACCUGUCAGAAAACGCACUCAGUGCGCUGCAGCCCGGUGCUCUGGACGACGUGGAGAACCUCGCCAAAUUCCACCUGGACAGGAACCAGCUGUCCAGCUACCCCUCGGCGGCUCUCAGCAAGCUGCGGGUGCUGGAGGAGCUGAAGCUGUCCCACAACCCCCUGAAAAGCAUUCCUGACGGUGCCUUCCAGUCUUUCGGCAGAUACCUGGAGACCCUCUGGCUGGACAACACCAACCUGGAGAAGUUCUCAGACGGCGCCUUCCUGGGUGUGACCACACUGAAACACGUCCAUCUGGAGAACAACCGCUUGAACCAGCUGCCCUCCAACUUCCCCUUUGACAGCCUAGAGACCCUCACCCUCACCAACAAUCCCUGGAAAUGUACCUGCCAGCUCCGGGGUCUUCGGAGGUGGCUGGAAGCCAAGACUUCCCGCCCUGAUGCCACUUGUGCCUCGCCCGCCAAGUUCAAAGGCCAGCAUAUCCGUGACACGGACGCUUUCCGCGCCUGCAAGUUUCCCACUAAGAGGUCCAAGAAAGCCGGCCGCCAUUAAACAGGUCCUGACCCAGCCGGUCCUGGUGACCGGCCUCUGCCUUCAGCGGAAGAAACUACUGACCUUCCCACCUCUGACCCCCACCUUCUCCCCACAGCCUCUGCUGGCGCCAGAGCUGUCCACAUCUAGAUACGUCCUGGCAGGGGGGCUCGGGCGCUCCAGCACGAACCCAGCUCCACCUGCUGGUGAGAGCUCCAUCACGCCUGGCCCCACCGCCAUGGCUCCUCUCAGAGACGCUGCUGCCAAGACCCCAAGUCCUUCAGAACCAGAACAGGGCAGCCAUCAGGACGGCCACCCUUCCAGAAUCCUCUUCCCCUCUGCUCCCCUUUACCUUGCCAUUUGGAAACAAACAUCAGAUCCUUGCCCCACCCCUUGCUUCCAGAAACGGUCUUGAGCCCAUACCCCAGCUCCGCCAGCCCCCCACCCCCCACCUGCCAGGACACUCUAGCAGGACACUGGUGCUUUGCCGCAUACCCUCCCAUGCUGCACUUCUUUCCCAGAUUUCCAUGAAUACAAAUUUAUGUAU